AAAGAGGUUUAUCAAAAAUGUAAAAAAACCAAAACGUUUCCGAAUGUUUUGAUGAAAAGUGUCUUUAAAAUUGUGCUUUUAUUGUCGUCAUCGUUGUCGAGUUUGCUUAGCACAUAGGCAAAGAUGGGUCGCCGGAGAAAAGCAUCUAAGCCACCACCAAAGAGGAAGAUGGUCGAACCAUUGGAAACAGUUUUUAACUGCCCAUUUUGUAACCACGACAAAUCUUGUGAUGUGAAAAUGGAUCGACAACGGAAUACUGGACUUGUGUCCUGUCGUGUCUGUGUGGAGGGAUUUCAAACUACCAUCAAUUAUCUAUCAGAACCAAUCGAUGUCUACAGUGACUGGAUUGAUGCCUGUGAAUCUGCCAAUACAUAGCCCAAGCCAAUAGGGAGUUCAAGCCAUAAUUUGAAACUUGAAUAUCCACUUAGUACAUUCAAAAUGUUACGGAAAUUACUGGGAUUCUGAAAAGUUCAAAUCGGACUUGUAACAUUGAUGAGAUGUAGACCGUCUUAAGUUUAAAGUACGGUUGGUGAAAGUUAUUGACCAAGGAAUGUGUCUGGAAUAUUGAGUUAAAAGAAAUCUGGAAGCAGGAACAGUACACUCCUGAGGAUGGUAGUACCAUAAACAAACAUUGUUUUGAAUCGGUGACGAAGUAUGCUCUGUGUCCGUUUGACAACAAAUAUUAGGCAGGUGAAAAGUAAUUCAAUUAAGGUUAAUUUUUAAAGAGAUUUUACUUGCAAUCACUUAGAAGAGGAGUUGUGAGAUGACAGUCCCAAACUUGGGAGAAAGGGAGGAGUUUACAGUGCAUCUAUUGGUCGUGUAUUCCGGCAUAGUUUGUUAAAACAUCAAAAUGCCUUCAUUUUGUUGAACCCCCUCUUGCUAUCUGACUGUUCUUAGUGUAUUUUGCCUUUGGUACACUUGAGAGUCUUUAUUCUUGAUAUGUUUCCUAUUUAUUGCUUUACAAAUUCAAUUGGAAUUGAAAAGAAAUUGAAUACUUCAUCAAAUAGAUGUACUUCAAGUACACACUGCAGUAGCCCAGUUGUAUUGAAGGGUCCCAGGAGAUCAUGUUCAGAUGGCCAGUUUCAGAUAUUGACAUUUCUCCAUCUGGAGUCCAGUUGCAUUUUCUGUUGAACCACCCAAAUGCUUCUGUCUUGGGAACAUGCCAUGUCGAAGCAAUUAAUUUAACAUGUAUUUUUAUUGAAUAAAGAUUCAUUCUA